GUUUUUCAUUGUAUAAGCAAAGUUAACUUGAAGAAAAAAAUAAAUAAUUAUUUAUUAUCUUAAGAAAUGAAUUCUUUGAAAAUUUCAAAGCUGAUUUUUCUUCUAUUAAGUACAAUUUUAAUAAAUUUAUCACUCACAACAUCGAAAUCAGUUUGGAUUAAAAACAAUGAUCCAGAAGAUUGGCGAGAAAGUCAACUGGGAAUAUUCAAUUCGAUUUAUGCAAUUACUAUGAAUGAAAUGUACCUACGAUAUGAUGGACUUUGUAAUGGCAAAUGUGAUGGUCUUCAGUCUACAGAUGAUGACGAGAAUGGUUUCGUUUUUCUAGAUGAUCCUAACAAAUGUGUCGGGAUAGUUCGUUACUGCUGGUUUAAAGAAGAAACUGAAGAAAGAAAACAAGCGCUCGAAGAGCUGCGUUCAGCAUCAGUAGCAAAUCAUCUUGCAAAUUUCGUGAACAGGGAUACAGAUGCAGCAGAUAUUGCUCGAUAUAAAUAUGAUAGAACUGGUAACAUUUGUGAAUGUAUGUGUGAACAUACUGAUUAUCCAUAUACAAAAACUAAACGCAGUGAUCUUCUUGAUUCUUUUUGUAUGGAUCCAGUUACAGUUGAUGAUGGAUUUGUGGCUACUGGAGUUAGAUUUACAAGAGAUAAAAAUAUAAUAUAUCUUGAACUUCAAGAAGCUCUAUUAUCCGAGAAUGGAUUGGUUGAUAAAGAUACUCUUAGAUGGAAACGAUCUGGUACCGUAUGUGGAAAUCCUAAAAGAGUUAUUGAUAAUAUCGCUAAUGGAGGUUAUAAUAGUUUAAAAAUUAUAUUGGAAGAUUUAUCUUUCCCAGAGAAUGUCGCUGUCACAGGUGUUGCAUUUACUGAGUCAUUGAAGGGAAGAUAUCUUUCUGAAAAUGGAGGGAUCGAUGACGAUAGACAAGAAAUUAUCAAAGGAACUCAGUGUCACGGAAGCACUAAUGAAUUGAUUAAUUCAAAUAAUCUUAUGCCGUCAACAACUGCAAUUGGUAAUGAUAAUGAAGAACUUAGUAAAUCAUGCAGAGAUAAUAUUAAAUUUGUAACGACUUCAAGUACACUUGAUGAUCAACAACAUGUUGUACCAUAUGUUGAUCUGCGAGAAGUUGUUACAGAUCCACCUACACCUAUUCAUGGAAUCGGAUGGUAUUAUCGCGGUAUUGAUGGUUACGGUGGAUACCUGGCUCUCAAAAUUUAUCAGUAUAAACAUUAGUAUGUAUAUAUAUAUAUAUAUAUAUAUAUAUAUAUAUACAUAUAUUAUAAUCUUAUUUACUGUUGUUUACAAUAUAAUGUAAAACCUUCGUUGUGAAAUUAAUAAAAUUGCCUUUGACAGUAGUUGGGGCGAAAAAAUA